AUGGAUAACUUCGAGUACAGCAUCCAGCUGAACGACAGGGACUGGGCUGAGUUCUUCUUGGCGUCGGAGGAAUGCAACCUAGCACCGGCUGCCCUGGCCACGGCCGAGGAGCAGUGUCUCAGUGACAUUGAACAAGGGGACGGCACGCCGGGGAGGGACUGCCACACCAGCACAAACGGGCAGAUCGCAGCGAGGGUGGGCAGCAGGCCAGGGCCUGGCACGGGAAGCUUUGCCCCACGUGGGGUGCCCGGAGACGCCUCCCUGCGCUGGCCUGCCGGUGGGCACCUUGCCCUGCCGGAGCUUCUCUCGGGCAGCGAGGACGAAGCGGACCUGGGCUCGGUCACCAGGUUUCUGUGCGAGAGCGACAAGCCCGGCUGCCCUUCGUCCGCUCCAAUGCCCAGCACGCAGGGGAGGCAGCCCCCCUGUCCCCCCGCAGCCGCCCUUGCCAGCCCGGCUGGCGGCACAGCCGAGAGCAGCCCAGGGCAGGACACAGCAUGUGAAGCAGCAGCACCACAGUUGGCAUCAGCAUCGGAGAAAGGAGCAGCCAGCAGCAGUCAGGCCAUGGAGCCUCCCAGCCACCCAGCUGGAACAAGUGCCCCUGAACAGAGAGGGGACGCAGGAGGGGAACAGCCCCGUGGCAGCCCUGUGGCGGCACAGCCGGGGGCUCCGGUGCAGGGCAGCUCGCUGGCACUGGCUGCCUCCCGAGAGGAUUCGGCAAGGAAAAGUCCUAGCAGCGCUUCCCGCUUGGAGCCGAGGCUACGGGCACCCCCGUGUGACCAGCCCCUGAGCCCAGCCCUGGAGACUGCGCCCAGAGCACCCGGCUGCCCGGCACGGGAGGAGGCAAGUGGGGAGAGAGCGGGCGCCGAGCCGAGCUCCCCGUCUGGCUCCCCAGACGUUGUGAGGCCCAAGGUGCCAGGACAGCUGAGAAAGAGCCGCAAGCAACGUGGAGCCAGUGCUGCCGAGGCAGCCCAGGGGGACAGGGAGCCUGUGGGGGCUGUGGCACAGGGGACUGGCGUACCCAUGAAGGCACCUUUAAGUUCGCCACUGUUCUCACGAAAGAGCAAAGGGAAGGAGAAGGCAGCCAAGCCAGCUCCUGUGAAGCUGGGGAGCGAGGAGGCAGGGGAGAGCAAACGGCUGGUGCCCGGCCCUGGCACGGAUGAGGGCGAUCCAGCUGUGAGCACUGCCCUGAAGCAGAAGGUGAAGGAGCCGGGGGCACAGCCCCUGGGGAAGGCGAAGGCCACCAAGCAUUCAAAGCCAGGGCAGGCUGGUGGCUUGGGCGUACGUGACAAUGUGCCGGUGGUCCCUGCCAGUGGAGCCGCGGCUCCUCUGGGAGAGGCAUGCCAGGAGGCACCGGGGAAGCCUCUCCAUCCCAAGAGCGUGGCGGCUUCUGGAGGGGAUGCUGCUGAGGGAGCUCAUGGGGAGCGUGCAGCUGAGACCCCCAGGGAGCUGGGCCCUCCUUGCUUUGCAGCCGGGGCCUCUGCAAGGGCAGACACCCUGGAUGUGACUUGGCCCGAGAUGUACGACUAUUUGUUCUGUGACUCCCAAGAGGAAGAAGAAGGCAUGGGGAACUCAAUGGAGGGGGAGAAAACACCCUUGGAAAGGGAAAUAUCCUUGCCUGAACUGUAUGAAUAUUUUUUCAAUGAACCAGAAGGAAACAGGAAAAAAGUCAAGGGUAAAGACAGGAAGCGAAAGAAGUUCAGCAGCUUGGACCAUGCUCAGCCGCAAAACGAGGAUCCCAGCUUGGCUCCAGUCAAAGACUCCCUGGUUAUCUCGGUCCCUGAGGUGUAUGAACACUUCUUUCCAGAUGGGCCUGGAAACGGGGCAGGCUGGAGAGGGAUUUUCUCAAUCACUCCAACCUCGGAGGUGAAGAAAGCUGUGGGGGCUUUGAAGUCCCUCCUGCAAAGGCCAAUGCAUCUCGUCAGAGGCCAAGCCCCAGCCUCCCAGGCUCUUGUGCGGAGAGGAUCUGGAGCGAAGCUCCCUCUCGUCCCGCUGGCUCCACUGGGAAGAGGCCAGGCGCGGCCAGAAAGUUUGGACAUGGCCCUUGCACUGACAGGGAGGCCCCAGGCUCCGCUGGCGCUGACCCACAAAGACAUGUGCCUCGUCUUCUGUGCCUUUGCAUCCUGGGCAGUGAAGACCUCCGACCUGCAGGCUCCGGAUGCCUGGAAGACUGUGUUCCUGGCAAGUUUUGGCACGCUCUCUGCCAUCCGCUACUUCCGAAGGCAGGUCAGAGAAGGACGCCCCCGGACCUAG